AGGCCGAACUUUGACGAUCCUAUAAUUAACAUUCGCUCGAGAUUCUUGCAUUUGGAAAAUGGACUUUGGUGAUAGAAACGCAAAGAGCAAGUGUGUUUUGACAGGUGUCAGGAGGAGUGUUGGAGCGAUGAUGAUGGUCUGUGGUCUUUAUCAUCGCCGUUCAUCCAGAAAUGUUUACUAGUGCCAAAACGAUCAGAAAAAACGAGAAUGUCCAGUCGUAAUCCCACCACCCUGAUGAGCAUUCCCAACGAGGAAUCAUUUGACUUCCUAUUUAAAAUAGUGCUGAUCGGUGACUGUGGAACUGGGAAGACAUGUGUGGUGCAGAGGUUCAAGAAUGGUACAUUCAUAGAGAGACAUGGCAACACCAUCGGUGUUGACUUCUCUAUGAAAACAGUGAUGGUGGAUGGCAAGAAAGUCAAGCUGCAAAUUUGGGAUACUGCUGGUCAGGAAAGGUUCCGGACGAUCACCCAAAGUUAUUAUAGAUCUGCGAAUGGCGUGAUUAUCGUUUACGAUAUAACGAAAAGGAGUUCGUUCCUAUCCGUGGCGCGCUGGAUGGAGGAGGUUAGAAGGUACUCGGGUAGUGCAGUGCUUGUUGCCCUUGUGGGGAACAAAGCAGAUGCUGAGAAUUUAAGGGAGGUGGAGUUCGAGGAGGCUGAGAGCAUAAGCCAGUACAUGCCUGAGGUCCUCUUCGUACUGGAGGCAAGUGCCAAGGAGAACUCCAACAUUGAGGAGGCCUUCCUCUGUCUUGCUACAGAACUCAAGAGGAGACACGAUGCUGGACACCUAAUGACGGACGAGGAAGACACUGUGAAAUUGGGUGAAAGUAGAUCCAUCUCGAAAUGCAGUGCCUGUACAAAUUUCUAACUCCUACACUUCUUCAAUUUACUAUUUUCGUUCUUCAUCAACCACAUUUUAUUUUUACAAACAGAUGUGUGCAUGUGUGCCUUCAAAUAUUCUGUUAAUGCAAUAUUUACAAAUUGACUCAAUCCUGGACAGUCGAUGUUUCGUGUUAUAGCUUUAACUUCUAUUGAUCUGUUUUACACUUUAAGAUUGUUCAAGGCGGAAUCGGUCGAACUCACAUUUCCAAUCAGAAUACUCAGAUUAUCUCUCAUUAUAUUAAUUAAUAAUUAAUAAUUUAUAAUACUCGACAAAUUGCGAAUCAUCUUUUCAUUGGUUUAAUUCAAUUUAAAUUCCACCAAUUGGUCAAAACAUUAUCAACUUUAUCAAAAUUACUAAAUUGAAUUAAAUAUUAGUGCUUUCAUAUUUAAUAACACAUCA